AUACCACGGCUACGGCUCUCACGCCUUUCUCGCGACGACAGUCUUCAAUCAGCGACGACGAUCAUCUUCGCCGAGCAUCGUCCCCUACGAGAAAGCCGACUCUCGGUAACCCUUACACACGGUGGAUGCCUCAAUUUCUAUAAUACCGAUAACGCCUGAACGACGCCGCCAAGAUGAUCAUUCCGGUUCGCUGCUUUUCUUGCGGCAAGGUGACAGGCGACUUGUGGGAGCGCUACUUGAAGCUCAUUGACGACGGUAUCGCUGAUGGAGACGCUAUGGACGAGCUCGGUCUCAAGCGAUACUGCUGCCGUCGCAUGAUCAUGACCCACGUUGAUCUGAUCGAGAAGCUUCUGAAAUACACUCCCGAUGGUCGUAACGAAAAGAAGAACAAUCUGCCCGCAUAAGUAGGCGCGUCCAGACGGCCAUUCGAAUGACCUGGGGGUCUUCACACACACGAACAAAGCAUUGCAAGGCGUUUAAGGGUACACUGGAAGGAAGGUUUUCGAGCCACGGAAUAGAGCAGGCGCUGAGACUAUGCACCAAUCCUAGGACGCGGCAAAUAUGUCUGAUAAGCUUGUACGAAUGCCAGACCUUUUGCUCAGUGACUGAAGUCGGCGUCUGGCUCAGCUCGUGGGCCUCGACGCGCGUAUGUCGAUUCUCAGCGCUGUCACUACUGCCUGUACAAACACCCCGUAAUGCAGCCAGGCAUCCUCCUCCACUGGGCCAAACCAGAGGAGAUUGAGUCAUGUGUCAUGCCAGAGGUAGUGAGAUCAGUAGGGCCCCGGGGCUAGCAAAACGCAGGUCGUGUUGGCCAUGUCAUCGGUGCAUCACUAUGGUACCAGCCAUGCCAUGGAUCGUAAGUUGCCGAUGAUACCAGUCUAGGUAUCAUCCGUCAAGCACAGCCCUGGAAGUCUGCCUAAGAAUACACAAUACAAAUGAGCUCAUCUUCGCGUCUGCUUUCCAUUUCACGGCUCUUGCCAUAA